AUGGCCUUCCGUGGCAAUGAGAGUCCCAUGGACUUUGAGUGGCAAGGCCAUGGCCCCGUCGACCCGUCCUCACCAUUCCAUAAACACAUCAUGGAGGCUCAAGCAAAAAAGCGUACUGCGCCCCUCCAAACUUCCAACGAUCGUUCAAGAAUGCUGAACAGUUCAGGGACACAUAAAGAAUUCACUUCUCCCAAGAAGCCAAACUUUCCAUCUCUCCGCGAACCCAACAAUCAGCCCUUCUUCUUUUCAAACACUCCUGUAUCACCCACUGCAACUUCAUCACCGUUCCGCGCUCCCUCAUUCACCACUCCCCGAAAACCAUUCGACAUAGACUUCUCUUCUGGACCAGAAAACUCAUCUCCAAUGGCUCCAACCGACAAUGAAGAAACCCCCGACGCCAAACCCAUCCCAAUCGAGUUUAAAAGCAGUCCCACCAAGUCCCAGACCAAACGCAAUUCACUCUUCGGCGGUCUCUACGGCAGGUUCGCGCAUAGUCCGGGCAGAGGCGAGAUCCGAAAACCGCACAGUGAUGCAAUCGCAAGAAGAAUACAAAAGAAACGAAGGCGCGCACAGGCUUUUGACAAGCAAUUGGUUUUCGGAAAGCGAUCGGACAGCAUGGAAGACGAUAGUGACGAUGACCAGCUCCCGAGCCCGACCGAUUCAAAACAUCCACAACCUCCAGUCCAAGAAGUCGGUUGGAUGGCUGGCUUCUUCACAUUCAUCCACACCUAUCCUGAUGCCCCGUCCAUCAUCGCAAAAUACCUACAAGUGUUCUUCAAUGCCGCCAUUCUGGGUGGCUGUCUGUACAUGUUCUGGUCCUUCUACGCCACCAUCCGUGCCGACGUCGACCGCGCUAGUGAAGAUGCCAUGGCCGAAGUCCUUGCAGAAAUGGCAGCUUGUUCAAAGAACUACAUUGACAACCGAUGUGCCGCUGACACGAGGCUCCCUGCUCUCGAAUCCGUAUGCAGUAAUUGGGAGCUCUGCAUGAAUCGUGAUCCCAGAGCCGUCAAGCGUGCAAGACUCAGUGCUCACACAUUCGCUGAGAUCUUCAACGGCUUCGUUGAACCCAUCAGCUUGAAAACUAUGCUCUUCACCAUAACACUUGUGAUUGUCGGCCUGCUCGUCAACAAUGCAACAUUCACACUCUACAGACGUCAACAGGAGAACUACAGCAAUCCUGGAUACCGACCUCCCUCAGCGACAUACAUGCAGUCUCCCGGCUUCGGCGCCAUUUCCCAGGGACCAGGCUAUGGUCAGCAUCAGCCGUAUAUGGGAUGGCAUGGUGGUGAGACCGGUCAGCAUCAGAUCGAGUAUCAGCGAAGCCCGAGUAAGGAGCAUCGUGCAAGAAGCCGCAGUCCGGAAAAGAAGAGAGUGCAUGCAUGA